CGGUAAGGAAGGGUCUUCCACGAGGUCUGAACUUUUGCUGCUUGCUAAGCUGCCAUCUUGACUCCUCCCCCCCAUAUCUAUAUAAUCUUAAAAAGCAAUAAUUCUAGUUCUGAUUGGAAGCAUUUAGCUGAAAUUUUAACAAUCAGUUCUCAUGACCUAAUUCAAUUUGGCUCUUCUACACUCUGGUUGGACCAGAUGUCCUAUUAGAGUCUUUCUAAUACUUAUGGUUGUAAUUGCUUACUUAGUGGGCGUACAGCUAUUCCUUAAAAGAGUCUAUUUUAACCUUAGCUAGACAGUUACCUGAAAGAUAAAAGAUUACAGGCUUGAGUCUUUCUCUGCAUAGCACUCAAAUCCUCCCGGUCUUCUUGAGCUUUUGGAAGUUCUCUUGACAGAGUCAACAGAAGAUAUCCCUUCUAAGGAAGUCCUUAGACCAUAUGAUAUCAAUGAUUACAGAUCUGCUGGGGAAAUCAAUCUCUCAGGAGCCCAAAUGAAAUUAGAACCUCCUCAACUUAUCCCAACAAUUCAGACUGUCCUCACACUGUUUAAUGGUAUUACAUUAUUAAGAUGAUAUUGCAUGGCAUUCCCUGAAAAGAGACAGCCAAAGGGACCAUUUCAUGAGCAAAAGAAAGUGACUGAUUCACUUUCACUGUAAAGGCCUAGAAGAAAUUCACCAAAAGGGAGUUGACUAGAGUUUACUCUCAAUCACCUGAGCACAUCUGACUCUUUUUUCUACAUCUUUUUUCACUUUAUUCCCUAAAACUGAAUUUUUUUCAUCCUCCAUGACCCACUUCAAAUUCUGCUUCACCCAAGAAGCCUUCUCUGAUUUCUCCCUUUUCCCAGAAGUCUGGAUGUUCUUGACUGUCUCUAUGUUCUUAUAUCAUAAUGUUUAUAGAAUAUUUCCUAUAUUUGCAAUGAAUUAAGUUCACCAAAAUAACUACAUAUCUGUUCUGUGCAAGACCUCAGUGGGAAAUGCAUUACUUCUAUCCAAUAUAAUCCCCAUGCCAUCCUGAAAAAAAAAUUAACAAAUAAUUGUUAAACACUCACAAAGUUCAGGUACUUUGCCUGAAGCUCUUAGGCUACUUGUGGUUUAAUACUGGAACACUGAUACUUGUUAUACAAAAUAUUAGGUAUAUUAGUAUUUAUUUUGAGGCUCAAGUUAGGGCUAUCCAGUAGAUGAUCAACUACCUGAGUAAUUCUGCUAAAAUUCUGCUAGGCUUCCUAGCCCUGCUCAUCAAUCCUAUCCUUCCCCUUCUCUAGACCUCCUCACAGGAACAAUGGAAGGCUGAAUUAUGUUCAAAAUAAAAAACACCUCCAAGGACUUUCAGCUUUGAAUUUAAGGGUUAAGAUUUCUUUCAUACUCUAAUACCAAGCCUGAAUUUAGAAACCUUAUUUGAUAGCCUUGAACAAAGGGAUUGCCAGAGGUCUUUUUCUCUCCUUUACAUCCCUAUUGCCCUCUGGGUGGAGUAGGAAGUAAAAAGACCCUUCUCUUUGUGUUAUUCCUUCUCCCUUCACUAAAUAUUUACCCCACAGGUGUUAAUCUAACAUGGCUAUGACAACACAGAAAAUUUUAAGUGCCUUUGGAGUUACUGAGUGGAAGGGACUUUCCAGGCAGUCUCACCUAUCUUUUCCAACAAGCACAAAACCCUAGAAUUAUGGAAGUCAGGAAUACCUCUGAGGAUCACUGAAGACAUUCUGCCUGGUGUUGUAUUCAUUUUUGUGUAUAUGAUUCUGUCUCCUCCAAUGAAAUUGUGACUCAUUGAGGACAAAGACAAAGCCGAGAAUUUUUCUGAAUCCCCAACAGUUGAGUACUCUACACGUGCAACCAACUUUCGCCUGGAAGGAGAGGAGAUUGUUAAACUGUGUGAGCAAGGCAAGAAUUGUGGCUGCUAAUGGUGCAUCACAGUGCAAUGGAUAGAGUGCUGUGACUAGAGUCAGGAAGACCUUACUUCAAAUUUGGCCUCAGAUACUUCCUAUUCGUGUGACCUUUGACCCAAAGCACUUGACCCCAUCUUACCUGGAGCAGGCACCAGGAACAAGAAGAAGAAGAAAAAGAGCAGGGGAGAAGGAAGAAAAUAGGGAUAACUUGGAUGAAACCAAUUCAAGAAAAUAUGGAAGGUUUAUGAAAAUGCAAUAGAAAUUGAGGACGGGUGAAUGAAUACAACAGCCAAGGAUACCAAAAGCAAGAGUGACAGAAGAGGGGUGCAGCACCACCUCCUCUCUCUUAAGGGUUUAAACUGGCCACUUCAAAGUUCGCCAUGGAUGAUGAUAUCGCUCCACUCGUUGUUGACAAUGGCUCUGGAAUGUGCAAAGCUGGCUUUGCAGGAGACGAUGCCCCUCGUGCUGUCUUCCCUUCCAUUGUUGGGCGCCCCAGACAUCAGGGUGUGAUGGUGGGUAUGGGUCAGAAAGACAGCUACGUGGGGGAUGAGGCCCAGGUCAAGAGAGGUAUUCUGACCCUCAAGUACCCCAUCGAACAUGGGAUUGUCACCAACUGGGAUGACAUGGAGAAGAUCUGGCAUCAUACUUUCUACAAUGAGCUCCAUGUGGCCCCUGAAGAGCACCCUGUACUGCUCACAGAAGCACCCCUGAACCCCAAAGCCAACAGAGAAAAGAUGACACAGAUCAUGUUUGAGACCUUCAACACCCCAGCUAUGUAUGUUGCCAUUCAGGCUGUGCUGUCCCUCUAUGCCUCUGGUCGUACCACCGGUAUCGUGAUGGACUCAGGUGAUGGUGUGACCCACACUGUGCCCAUCUACGAGGGGUACGCUCUUCCCCAUGCCAUUCUCCGUCUGGAUCUGGCUGGCCGUGAUCUGACGGAUUACCUCAUGAAGAUCCUGACCGAGAGAGGGUUCAGUUUCACCACCACGGCUGAGAGGGAAAUCGUACGUGACAUCAAGGAGAAGCUGUGUUACGUCGCCCUUGACUUCGAGCAGGAGAUGGCCACCGCUAUGUCCAGCUCUUCUCUGGAAAAAAGCUAUGAGCUCCCUGAUGGUCAGGUGAUCACCAUUGGCAACGAGAGGUUCUGGUGCCCGGAAGCUCUCUUCCAGCCAUCUUUCUUAGGCAUGGAGUCCUGUGGCAUCCAUGAAACUACCUUCAACUCAAUCAUGAAGUGUGAUGUUGACAUCCGUAAGGAUUUGUAUGCCAAUACUGUACUGUCCGGUGGUACCACCAUGUACCCAGGCAUUGCUGACAGGAUGCAGAAGGAUAUUACAGCCCUAGCCCCUAGCACCAUGAGAAUCAAGAUCAUUGCCCCACCUGAGCGCAAAUACUCGGUCUGGAUCGGAGGCUCCAUCCUGGCGUCCCUCUCCACCUUCCAACAGAUGUGGAUCAGUAAGCAGGAGUACGAUGAAUCCGGGCCUUCCAUUGUCCACUGCAAAUGCUUCUAAAUGGACUGCUGGUGUUGGUUUUCUUUCCUUGCUUUUUUUUUUGGCAGAGUGUGACAUGAUAAUUGCACACACACGCACACACACGCACACACACACACACCCCAAAGAGAUGAGAUUGGCAUGGAUUUGUUUGUUUUUGUUUUUGUUUUUUUGGCGCUUGACUCAGGAUUUAAAAACUGGAAUGGUGAAGGUGAUGAGCAGUCUACAGUACUUUGGAGGCAAACAUGCCCCAAGUUCUACAGUGAAUCUUCAGGACUCUGAUUGUACUUUUUUUUAAAUAAGUCAUUCCAAAUAUUGUAUAAUACAUCAUUCCAGAGUGACUUGCCUCUAUGAAGGCUGUCUUGCUCUCUCCCCACAGGAGCAGAGCGACUUACCAUAAAUCCAGAGCAGGGGGAGGGGGUAAGGUAUCACAGUAGUAUUGCUUUGUGUGUAAAUUAUGUAAUCCUUUAAAAAAACUGUUUGUAUCUUCCACCUUAAUACUUGUUCCUUUUAUUUAAAUUGUCAGCCAUAAUGAAUGGCUCCCUGAAUCCUCUCCCUGCCCCAACAUAGAUGUGAAUGAAUACUUUAACUGUCUCCCCAAGAGUUUAAUGAGAUGGGGGAGAGGAGGAGCUUUAGCUGUACAUUGACUUAAGACCAGUUCAAAUAAAAGUGCACAUGUUAAAAAAAAAAAUAGUAGUACUUACUUUUAGCUAAAGCACAUCUUGUAAUUUGUUUGUUGUUAGGGUUUGUUUGUUUUUUUAAAUUUAAGUUUUAAGGGGCAGGUGGGUGGCUCAGUGAAUAGAAAACCAGAUGUAGAGAGGAAGGUACUGGGUUCAAAUGUAGCGCAAAUCUUUUAACAAACUGCCUAGUGUGAGAAUUUAUUUCUUAUGUACUGUAAGAAUUACUGUGUUUUCUUUUGUCUUGGAUCUGGGUCAAAGAUACUAUCUAUUUCGUCUAUUGUUUUGCAUUUUCUUUGUCCUUGGGAAUCUCAAAGAGGGUCUACCUUUUUAACAGAAUGAAGGCAACAAGGUCUCUUUUCCUAUGACUGUCCACCUCUGAGGAUGGGAGAUGGGGGAUAGAUUGAUAGACCACCUCCUAAUUAGUUAUCACCAAUUCAUGAUGUAUUGGGCUUUUCAAGAAAGGGGCUGAAUAACAAGUUCCUAAAAAUCCAUUUAUUGGGCUGCCUGACCCAAUUCAGGUCAUUCUUGGUCAUGAGAGACAACUAUGGAGACCUAAAUCACUUUAACAGUUAGAAUGCUGGCCUAACCAAUAAACCUGAUAUGAUCAAUAAACUUAUAUUAUAACCCCCAAA